CUGUCUCUUUGGGUACCCCGGGGACAGGUGAGGGGCGUGGACGGGGAGCGGGCGUGCUCAGGACCUGGAAAGGCAGGGUCAGCGAGGCGGCUGCAGCUGCAGGCUCCCGGGCUGAGUUCCUUUCUCAUCGCUGCGGAUGCGAGUUGGUUGAAGAAGACUCCUUUCUUUCAUUGAGGAAAGUACUAGUUCUUUUUUUAAAAUGGAACCAUAUUCCUGUGACACGUUUGUGGCUUUACCUCCAGCAACCGUUGGUAACAGAAUUAUUUUUGGAAAAAAUUCAGAUAGACUGUGUGAUGAAGUGCAAGAGGUAGUUUAUUUUCCUGCUGCAGUUCAUGAUAGCCUGAGACGUCUUAAGUGUACCUACAUAGAAAUUGAACAAGUUCCUGAAACAUAUGCUGUUGUCCUUAGUCGCCCAGCUUGGUUAUGGGGAGCAGAAAUGGGAGCCAAUGAGCAUGGAGUUUGCAUUGGGAAUGAAGCUGUGUGGGGGAGAGAAGCAGUCUGUGAUGAAGAGGCACUGCUGGGCAUGGACCUUGUCAGGCUUGGCCUUGAGAGAGCUGAUACAGCUGAAAAAGCCCUCAAUGUUAUUGUUGAUUUAUUAGAAAAACAUGGCCAGGGUGGAAACUGCUCAGAAGGUACCAUGCUAUUCAGCUAUCACAACAGCUUCCUGAUAGCUGACAGGAGUGAAGCCUGGAUUCUGGAGACUGCAGGGAAGUAUUGGGCGGCAGAAAAAGUACAAGAGGGAGUUCGUAAUAUUUCUAAUCAGCUUUCUAUAACAACCAAGAUUGAUCGGGAACACCCAGAUAUGAGAAACCACGCUAAGCAGAAAGGCUGGUGGGAUGGCCAAAAGGAGUUUGAUUUUGCAGCAACGUACUCUUACCUUGACACAGCCAAGAUGACCACUUCACCAGGCAGAUUCUGUGAGGGCUACAAGCUUCUGAAUAAAUACAAGGGAAACAUAACUGUUGAAACAAUGAUGGAAAUUCUCCGAGAUAAACCAAGUGGCAUUAAUAUGGAAGGAGAAUUCUUGACUACUGCAAGCAUGGUUUCAAUUUUACCUAAAGACUCCAGUCUUCCUUGCAUUCACUUCUUUACAGGAACUCCUGAUCCUGAAAGAUCUGUUUUUAAGCCUUUCAUAUUUGUACCAAAUAUCUCACAACUGGUGGACACCAGUUCACCAACAUUUGAACUUGAUGAUCCAGUUGAAAAGAAGCCACAUCAUACGCUGAAGCCUGACAGAAGACACCCACUCUACCAAAGUCAGCAACAGGCACUGGACUUGUUACGUAAUAAUGUGGAAAAAGCCAAAACAAUGUUGGAUAACAUGAGAAAAAUGGAGAAAGAAUUAUUCAAAGAGAUGGAAGCAAUCCUUCAAAACAAGCAAUUUGAUGUGAACAAGAUUGUUAAUCUUUUCCCUGAGUCUACAAAGGAUGAACUUAGAAUAUAUAGGUCAAAUAUUAGCCCUUAGUGAUGAGAUAAAUCAAGUCUUGUCAAAGUCUCCUUAGUAGAUGACAUAAAUCUAGUUUAAGAUUUGACUGUUCUCUAAUAGUAUUCAGGUGAUAUCUUAACAAUUAUAUAUUGCUUUGCUAAAAUAUCAAGAAAAAAUAAUAUUGAAAUUGAACACACUGAUUAUGGGAUAGUCAGAUAAUUUUAUUUUAGGUAACAGGUUUGUGUUAUUGAAUUUUUAGCAAUAAUAUCUUCUGAAAUCACAAUAUUCAUGUGGUCUUGGAGCUGCACAAUGGAUAAAGCAUUGGACUCUUAAGCAUGAGGUCCUGGGUUCAAUCUCUGACAACACAUGUAUCAGAGUGAUGUCUGGUUCUUUCUCUCCUCCUGUCUUUCUCAUUAAUAAAUAAAUAAAAUCUUUAAAGAAAUCACAGUGUUCAGUGCUGCAAAAACCAUCAAAAUAUCAAAUAAUAUAUGAACUUAAAUUUAUUAUAAUUAUGUAAUUUCUGUUAUAAUAAUAAAACAGAUUUUCUUAAUAAAAUAUUUCUUCGAGUAGUGGGUUCUUUGUGUAUAGCUUAUUUUAUUUUAUUUUUAUUGCCACCAUAGUUGUCGCUGAGGCUCAGUGCUGGCACUGUGAAUCCAUCAUUCCUGAUGGCCAUUUUUUUUCCUUUUUAUUUUUUUCUUUCUAAUUUUUUAUUAAAUAGGACAGGGAGAAAUUGAGGGAGGAUGGGGAGAGAGAGAAAAGGAGAGAAAGAUAGACAACUGCAGACCUGCAUCACCAUUUUUGAAGCAGACCUUCUGCAGGUGGGGAGCUGGGACGCGAACCCUUGUGCUUAGUAAUAUGUAUGCUUAAUUGGGUGGCUGCCGCCCAGCCCCAUAUAUAAGCAAAUAUUAACUAGCUCUAUCAAAAUCUUCUAGAUUUAUACAUUAAUUCCUACUACUAUGUAUUCAAUGCAUGCACUUUUAUUAAACUCAGACAUGCUCUUUAUUAAGACUUAGAUGACCAGUGAGAUUUUUACUCUAUCAUUUAUUUUUUCUGCAUCCUUCUCUUUCUGGUGCCAGUAUAUUUUCUUUCUUUUUCUUUGAUACCACCCUAGACCUGACUGUUAAAAUCUUUCACCUAAGGGAGUUGGGCGGUAGCGCAGUGGGUUAAGAGCAGGUGGCCGCAAAGCGCAAGAACCGGCAUCCCAGUUGGAGCCCAGGCUCCCCACUUGCAGGGGAGUCGCUUCACAAGUGGUGAAACAGGUCUGCAGCUGUCUAUUUUUCUCUCCCCCUCUGUCUUCCCCUCCUGUCUCCAUUUCUCUCUGUCCUAGCCAACAAAAACGACAUCAACAAUAAAACAACAAGGGCAAUAAAAAGGAAUAAAUAUACAUUAAAAAUUU